AUGGGGUGUCUACAAGAGGCUACGUUAGUGGGGCCGGAUAUGAUCAAAGAGUCUACCGAGAGUAUGAGAUCGAUUCGCCAACGACUUUUAGAGGCUCAAAGGAGAACAACCGAACAAGUCAAGAUAAUUCGCCAAAGGUUACAAACAGCUCAAAGCCGACAAAAGAGCUAUGCCGACCGUCGUCGUCGUCCAUUAUCAUUCGAAGUGGGAGAUCACGUGUUCCUUAAAGUAUCGCCACAUCGAGGCUUGUCACGUUUUGGGAAGAAGGGAAAGCUUUCACCGCGUUAUAUCGGUCCAUUUGACGUUAUCGAGAAAAUCGGGGAGGUUGCGUACCGUUUGGCCUUGCCGCCAAGAUUAUCGAAUGUGCACGAUGUGUUUCACGUAUCUAUGUUAAGAAAGUACGAACCGGAUCCGUCGCAUGUGUUAGAAUGGUCCGAACUCGAAUUGGAAGCCGACGCAUCAUAUGGGGAAGAACCGAUACGUAUCCUGGAUACGCGUGACCAAGUGUUGAGGGGUAAAAUGAUACCACUAGUGCGAGUAUUGUGGAAGAAUCAGGGUAGCAAGGAGUCGACGUGGGAACGAGAAGAUGAGGUUAGGGAGAAGUAUCCGCAUCUAUUUCCGGAAUGA